AAAGAUUUUUAAUCUUAAGACUAGAAAGCUUUUAAGUUACAUUUGGAAGAAGAUGACGAACUCACAAUCAACUUUUUCAACUGAUGCAUUAGGUAAAGCACAAAUCGCUCUUGCUAUAACAUUCCUCGCUGGUGGCUUAACUAUUGGUUAUCUUAUUGGACGUCGUACGGGACUUGCUUUUGCUGUUCGUCAUAACAAGCGUAUUUCGUUGGAAAAAGACAAAAUUGCUGAUAAAGUGGAUUUGGAGGAUAUUGGGGACAAAAAAGUUUUUUGUCGUUGUUGGCAAUCAAAAAAGUUUCCUUUUUGCGAUGGAAGUCACAUGGCACAUAAUAAAGAGACCGGUGACAAUCUUGGACCUUUGAUUAUACAGAAGCGUGCCUCUUAA